AUGAUUGUUUCCACCAAGCUCAUCAUGGCCGUUCUGGCUUACGAUGCCGCUCUCGCAGUUGCUGCGGCUCCAAACGCCUUCAAUGCAGGUGUUGCCAACGUCGAUGUCAACAACAUCGUUGAGCGUGAUGUUGCAAUGACCGUUACCGUCACCAUGACUGACUGCGGUCCUGCAUCCACUCCUUCGACUCCAGCUGUCCCAGCUUCCUCUGUCACCUCUGUCAGUGCCAGUGUCCCAGAGGCUCCAACCACCACUCCAGCUGGCUCGACUGAGGUUCCACCUUCUACCGAAGUCCCAACUCAUGGCUCUACCACCGAAGUCCCAACUUCUGCCAUGUCCACUCCCAUGGUCUCCGAGUCUAGCUCUUCCAUCAAGACUCACACUUCGGCUACCCGUGAGACCACUCAUGUUUCUUCCGGUACUGCCACUCAGACUGUGGCUAAGCCUACCCCAUCCGCCAUGGCAUCUCGUCACGUCGGAUACCACGCUGCCUUGGCUGGUAUCCUCGGAGCUGCUAUCUUUGCGGCGUUGUAA